AUGAGUGAAGAUCAGGUCCAGGGCCUCAAGCAGCCCAUCGACGUCGCCGAGUACCUCUUCAAGCGACUCCACGAGGUCGGUGUCCGCUCCGUCCACGGUGUUCCAGGCGAUUACAACCUCGUUGCCCUCGACUAUCUUCCCGAUUGUGGUCUCAAGUGGGUCGGCAGCGUCAACGAGCUCAAUGCUGCCUAUGCCGCCGAUGGCUACGCCCGAGUCUCCAAGAUUGCUGCUCUCAUCACCACCUUUGGUGUCGGUGAGCUUUCUGCCAUCAAUGGCCUCGCCGGUUCCUUCUCCGAGCACAUCCCCGUCGUCCACAUCGUUGGCUGCCCUUCCACCAUCUCCCAGCGCGACCAGAUGCUUCUCCACCACACUCUCGGCAAUGGCGACUUCGACGUCUUCGCCAACAUGAGCUCUCAGAUCUCCUGCAACAUGGCCAAGCUCACCAAGCCUUCCGAGAUUGCUGAGCAGAUUGAUAACGCUCUCCGCGCUUGCUGGCUCCAGUCCCGCCCCGUCUACAUCAUGCUCCCCACCGAUAUGGUUCAGGAAAAGGUUGAGGGUGCUCGCCUCGAGACCCCCAUCGACAUGGCAGAGCCUGAGAACGACCCCGAGAGCGAGGACUUUGUCGUCGAGGAGGUCCUCAAGGCCAUGUACGCCGCUACCCGCCCUGUCAUCCUGGUUGAUGCUUGUGCCAUCCGUCAUCGUGUCGUCGAGGAGGUGCAUCAGCUCAUCGACAAGCUCGAGCUCCCCGUCUUUGUCACCCCUAUGGGCAAGGGCGCUGUGAACGAAGACCACCCCAACUAUGGUGGCGUCUUUGCUGGUGAGGGAUCUCAUCCUCCCCGAGUCAAGCAGAUCAUCGAGGAGUCGGAUCUGCUCAUCACCGUUGGCGCUCUCAAGAGUGACUUCAACACUGCCGGUUUCUCCUACAGAACCUCCCAGCUCAACUCCGUCGACUUCCACAGCACUUACUGCAAGAUCCGAUAUUCCACCUACCCUGGUGUUGCCAUGAGGGGCGUCCUGCGCAAGGUUAUUGACAAGGUUGACCCUGCUUCCAUGCCUGCGCCUUCCAUCCCCGAGGUUGUCAACGAGGUCGAGGAGAACUAUGACAGCUCCGAGACCAUCACCCAGGCUUGGUUCUGGCCUCGCAUUGGCGAAUUCCUCAUCCCCAAGGAUAUCAUCGUGACUGAGACCGGAACUUCCAACUUCGGUAUCUGGGAUACCAGAUUCCCUCCCAACGUCACUGCUCUCAGCCAGGUUCUCUGGGGCAGCAUCGGCUGGUCCGUUGGUGCUUGCCAGGGUGCUGCACUCGCAGCCAAGGAUCUUGGAAACGGCCGACGAACAAUUCUCUUUGUCGGUGAUGGAUCCUUCCAGCUGACUGCUCAGGAACUGAGCACCAUGAUCCGACAUGGCCUCAAGCCCACAAUCUUCCUCAUCAACAACGAUGGUUUCACGAUUGAGCGUUUCAUCCAUGGCAUGAAUGCCGGGUACAACGACAUCAACGAGUGGAAGUACAAGGAGUUGGUCAGAGUGUUUGGCGGUGAGAAGACCUGCAAGACAUUCACCAUCAAGACCAAGGACGAGCUCAACGACCUCCUGGUCGACGAGGAGUUCAAGGCCGCCGACUGCCUCCAGUUCGUCGAGCUCUACAUGCCCCGGGAGGAUGCUCCCCGUGCCCUGAUCAUGACGGCAGAGGCCAGCGCCAAGAACAACGCGAAGAAAUAA